AUGGCUCUGAAGUACGCCAACUUGUUGCCUGUCAAUGGGCGCUGGAAGCAGCAGAUCACCGACUUCCUUUCCGAAGACGUGCCUUCGUUUGACUUUGGUGCCUACGUUGUCGGCGACAAGCAAGAAACGGCAUCGCUCUACAUGAAGGCCCCGGGGGUGAUCUGUGGGGUGGUGUUCGCCGCUGAGGUGUUUGCCCAGUGCCAGUUGGAAGUUGAAUGGCUCCACAACGAAGGCGAGGUGGUUACUGAGGACCAGUUGGCUAAAGCUGGCGGCAAGAUCGUCGUGGCCAAGGUCAAAGGUCCUGCCAACCGCAUCUUAUUGGCUGAACGCACUGCCCUCAACCUUUUGGCGCGGUCGCUGGGGGUGGCGACGCAAUCGUACAAGACGAAACAGCUUGCUGACCAAGCCGGGUACACGGGGCUCAUCGCCGGUACCCGUAAGACCACCCCGGGGUUGCGGGUGCUCGACAAGUACUCGAUGUUGGUCGGGGGUGUCGACACUCACCGCUACGACUUGUCGCUGAUGGUGAUGCUCAAGGACAACCACAUCACCCUGACGGGGCUGAUCACCAAUGCCGUGAAACUGGCGCGUUCGGUGUGUGGGUUUGCCGUUAAGGUCGAAGUUGAGGUGAGUCUGGAACAAGACGCCAAGGAAGCCAUCGACGCCGGUGCAGACGUCAUCAUGUUGGACAACUUCAGCGGCGAUGAAUUGCGCUCGGUCGCUCAACGGUUGAAGGACCACUACAAGGGGCUGAACAAGCUGUUCCUUUUGGAAUGCCUGGGUGGGUUGACUUUGAACAACUUGAACUCGUACUUGUGCAAUGACAUCGACAUCUACUCGACUCUGUCUAUUCACCAAGGCACCGGCAUCAUCGAUUUUUCCCUUAAGAUCGACGCGUAA